AUGUGGGGACCGGAAACAAAACCUUGCUUUACGUUCUCGAUCAGCAGCACCGCCGCAGUCUUCUGGAAUCAAGGCAAAUACGGCGAGGCUAUACAACAAUACCAGCGAGAACUUGCCGGCUAUAAGAAGGCUUUGGGCAAAAAUCAUUCGUUAAGACUGAACACAGUCAACAACAUUGCCAUAGUCUUUGACAAGCAAGGCAAAUACGAUGAGGUUAUGCAAUAA